UUACUCCUAAGUAGUAUUAAGUUAAUAUUUUUUUUAUAGGGAUCUGAACAUAUUGACAGCUGUUACUUCGGCCAAAUUUAGAGAAGUGACUGCAGGUGUAGAUGGUUUCAUGGUCUACGACACACGUCUAGUUCCAAUUAUGAAUCGUGUCCUGGGGGUCUUAGGAAAGAAUCAAAUUCACAAACUUCGCGAUGACAGAAUUAUAGCCGAAGACCUUCUGGAAAUGCCAUCUGGCAACUCUGGAAGAUAAUGGCGAGGUCAUUACUAGAGGGAUGGUACAGACAAUGAUUAAAGACUUCCUCAACUCCGCUGAGUCGCUGGAUGGCAUCAUUCCAAUGAGUUCUCCUGAAGAUAAAGAAAGACUACAAACUGCAGCUGAGAUAUUUGAAGAAAUUGUAACUAAGAGAGAGUUCCCAGAAUUUAUAACAACUUACCUAAAUCAAGAUCACACUUUCCUGAAAUAUCAGAGAAUUUAUGAAAAUUAGGUAGUUUUUUAGAGAAUUAACUUUGGUUGAGGUAUUAAUUUCUUAUAGGGAAUAGUGUUGAUGAAAACAUUUUGUAAAAUU